AGAGUCAUUGAGUACUGAGUUCCUGCUGUGUAGUUUGUCUUUUGGUUUUCUGGCUGUUUCUUUUCCAAGGCUUCCUUUUGGUUUGGCAUGUUGUGUGUUCAUGGAUGUCUUGUGGGAUGGAUUUUGUUGGCUGUUUUGGUCCCUGGCCAUCAGUACCAGAGGCUAAAUUCCAAGCCUAAUUCACAUUCAACAGACCCUGGAUUGAGGUCAGAUUGCCUUGGGAAUGUCAUGAGGAUAACAUUGGACAAAGAUUUGGCUGUGGGGAGCCAGCUAGAAAUUGAAGCCAUUAAUGGCUCUGACAUCAUACAGUUGUCAUCCACCUUGGCUGCCCAAUGUGGAUACAGCAUGGAGUCAGACCCUUGGGGCAACACCAAAAUCUUUGCCUCCUUGUCAGGAUGUUAUGUUUUUAACCAGGCCGACGCGACGUUCCAACUCGGCUUGCGACUCAGAAUGUACGGAGAUAACCUUCCCCAGCCUGUGGAGUACGAAGUGACCAAGAUGUGCAGCUACUCUCCCUGGGCCUCCCGGGAAGUCCUCUGUGACAGGAACUACAUGGAGGUUUCAACCCUCAUGGUCCCAACUGUGACCCCUGUCAAAGCCUUCAAAGGACAUAGAUUUCAACAGGAGUCUUUAAGCAAUGCCAUUCCUGACGCUAUCAGUGCUCCCAACAGCAUCUGGAAGAUGGCAUUCCACACACCAGAGAUGAAAGUGAUGGUACUGGAGGAUUUUCUGAUAUCUGGUUACGGUGCAAUGACAACCCCAAAAAGACUAGUGCUGCGAAGCCCCUACAACAUGCCAGAGACUUAUUCUGAAGAAGUGGCUGGAGUUCCCAUGGAGGUCUUCAGCGUGUCCACUUACUAUAAGGAAAUCAGUGGUUUGACAGUCAUGGACUCUGUUGCUGCCUGCCCCACUGGUGGGGUGCUCUUCACAGAUGAGGCGAUCACCUGGCAUGUGCCUCGUCGCGUCUCCCCGCUCAUCUCUGGCUCUGUCAAAAUCUUGGAGACUCACAUGGGCAUUGAUGGCCAGAGGCUGGACAAGGCCAAGAUGUCUGCCCGACACUACAGGCUGUCCGUCACUUCCACUCACGUUGUCAUUGAGAUUCCAGUGGGGUCACCGGAUGGCUACUACAAGAGUCAUGCCCUAAAUGAGGAGUACCAUGUGACCUUUACUAUUGAACCCAUGCUGGAGUUUGUGUGGAAAGCUGACAACACACAGGCUGACACGAGAUACAAGGUCCUCUUCCCCAUCACCACCCCCAUGAUGCUGAGGCCUCCGCAAGUCAUUGACUACACAAUUCCUGAGCAGAAGGUGUUUGAUGUCCUUUUGGGGCCCUUCCUCCAUGAUGUGGAGCUGCUGAAUUUCAACUUUUCCGUCGGGGUGCUGACAGUUGCAGAGAGCAACUCCCGAGGCUUUGAUGUUCAGGAGCACCGCUUCGCCAACGGUUCUAAGACCUUCUCCCUAAGAGUUCCCUUCUCAGAUGAGGUUGUCCAGAAACAUAACCCUGAUCCCCUGACAACAUCCUACUUCCUACUCAUGGUCUUUGGUUUGCUGAUCCUGCCGGAACAAACACCCUUCCAGUACCUAGCUGAGGUGGAGGCUUCCCUGGAAGAUGUUGUUAUUCCCACCAUCACAGGAACCUGUGACCAGAAGAACUUCUAUGCCUCUGUGAAAUAUGGAAGCGGAGGGGCCAACUUCCAGACCAUGUUGCUUAACGCUGGGUCAUGGCGUGAGCUGGACUCUGAUUUGGCUAAACUGUACCACCUCACUGAGAAUAGCACGCACUUCAGCAUCAUAGUGCCACACCUCUCGCCCGACUCUACAUUUGAGGUGGUUCACUCCAAUUCCAUACUGGCACGACUGGAGUUACUGCUGGUGCAGAUCCCUAACAUGUGGAAACUCAAUGACUUCUCCCUUGCCUGCUUUUUCCCCUUAACCACAACUGAGUGCUACUCCAACGGCACGAUGACUGCCCUGGCUGUCAAGGUGGAGUCGGUUGGCAACCUGAACCCUGAACACCUGACCUUGAGGGACCAGUCAUGUAAACCUGCCUUCAGCAGUGACCGUUUUGCUUUAUUCUCCUUUAACCUCAACUCCUGUGGCACCACCAGAACAUUCUUUGACAAUCUCAUGGUGUAUGAGAAUGAAAUCGCCAUGCACCGUAGUACAAGCAAACAAAGUUCUGCUGACCCAGAGUAUAGGCAUAUUGUGUCUUGCUAUUACCUCACUAAUGACACCAAGACCAUGGACUUCCUAACCACACCAAGGAUAAAUGACCCCAUUGCUGAUCCUGGGGUGGGACAUCUAGUUGUCCAAAUGACCCUGUCCAAGGAUGCCUCUUAUGAUGCCUUCUACCAAACGGAGGACUACCCAGUGGUCAAGUACUUGAGAGAGCCUCUAUAUUUCGAGGUGGCACUGAUGCAGUCCACAGACUCCCAGAUACAGCUGGUUUUAGAGAACUGCUGGGCCACUCUGCAUGACGACAGAACUUCUGUUCCUAGCUGGGACCUUAUUGUGGACAGCUGUGAGAACCUUGAUGAUCGCUACCUCACAGUCUUCCAUCCAGUCUCUGCUGAUGCCAGGAUUCAGGUCCCUUCUCAUGUCAAACACUUCUCCAUCAAGAUGUUCACCUUCACGAGAGAUGAGACGGUUGUCAAAGGACAGGUCUUUGUUCAUUGUGAGGCAGUCCUCUGCGAUACCACUAAGCCUGAUGGCAUCUGCUCUGGACAGUGUGCAAAUCCCCAGAGGAAUGCAAACCCUUCAAGACCUACCAGCACAAAAAGGGGCCGCAGAGCUGCAGAAGCUGGCCAGCAACAGAAGCGCCAGGUCUCAUCAGGACUCAUUCUUUUGUCUGACUCAUCCAAUGAAACCAUUUGAAGUUUAAUAAAGUAUGCUCUCUUAA